AGAACUACGUCUCACUACAACAAUUUGAGGAAGUGCCUGAAUUGUGAAGCCAAAUCACGAGAGGACUUACAGCGAAUCGCCAACAAUUCCCGUGUACGACAAGGCCAACGAGCGUUUGGCAGAACUCUACAACCGACGGUAGCCAAUCUUAAAAACUUCUACAAACGGCACGCGGAUUGGCAACGUGAUCAAACGAUCUCUGAUAUUUCUCCAGCGCCUGGUCACUACUACCCCGAAUCAAUGCCAGUAGCAGAAAAAAUGGCAAGUGAAUGGAAUGAUAUAAUGGGGGGCUCACACGCGACUCUCAAUCCAUCAGAAAUGCAGAAAGCUCUCCGAGAAUUUCAUAUGAUCCCGGAUUCCCAACGCUUACGCCCGGAGGAGAAGCAACAACUUGUGAAUCCCAUCGUAGAGAAAGAAGUUGCUGAUGCGAUCGACAAACUCCCUCGUGAUAAAUCUGGAGGAACUACGGGUCUCUCGCAUGAUUUUUACAAGGACUUCAAGGAUGAGAUGGCGGAAUGUCUUACGAUGGUCUAUCAGGCGAUUCAGAAGGGUGCAGCGGUACCG